AUGUCGAUUCUGCAGCACCCCUUCAUGACGAUCGCAUCUAAGGCGAUGGUGACCCGAGGCUUCAGCAGCCAGGUCGCGAAGGUUUGCCUGCUGGGUGCCUCUGGCGGGAUCGGUCAACCAUUGGCUCUGUUGUUGAAGAUGAACCCAGCCAUUAAGGAGCUAGCCCUGUACGAUAUUAAGCAGGCGGCUACACCUUGCAAGGGCGUGGCCGCCGAUAUCAGUCACAUUGACACUAAUGCUAAGGUCACGGGCUAUGCUGGUGAGGAGGAGAUUGGCGAGGCUCUGAAGAACGCCAAGCUUGUUAUUAUGACCGCUGGUGUACCCAGGAAGCCUGGCAUGACCAGAGACGAUCUUUUUGGCAUCAAUGCUAAGAUUGUUAUGGGCUUAGCGAAAGCAUGCGGAGAACACGCGCCCAAGGCGACCUUGUGUGUGGUCUCUAACCCGGUCAAUUCGACGGUACCGAUUGCGGCUGAGACGUUGAAGAAGUUGGGGGUUUUCGACUGGCGUAGGUUAGUGGGCGUCACAACUCUCGAUUCAGUGAGAGCCAGUACUUUCUUCUCUGAGAAGAUCAACUUUGCUGUCGACAAGGCUGAAGUUCCUAUCAUAGGAGGCCACGCUGGAGAGACUAUCAUGCCUGUGUUCUCGCAUGCUUUCCCCCCGCAUAAACUUAGUGCUGACGCGGUCAGACAGCUGGACGAGCGCAUACAGAACGCGGGAACGGAAGUUGUGGAGGCGAAGCAAGGGGCGGGGUCUGCCACGUUGUCGAUGGCCUACGCUGCAGCUUGUUUCGCGGAUAAGAUCAUUCACGCCCAGUCGGCAUAUGCCUUCAUUAAGAAGCCGAUGUGUGGGUUGGAUUACUUCGCGACGAAGUGCAAGUUUGGAGAUGACUGCGAGAUUGCUAAAGUGGAGGCGUUGCCUGAAUUGAACGACUACGAGGAGACGAGGCUGCAGGCGGUUAAGGCUAAGCUUGUUCAAGAUAUCCAACGCGGUGUGGACUUUGUGAAGGAACACUAUUCAAGCUAA